AUGCAAUAAAGAAUUACUCCUAGAUAUUUCAUUAAUAAAACUAUAUAAAAUGUAAGCAAACCUGAUAAGCAAUAUUAAUUUAGAAAGAUUAUUGGAGAGGGAUAUGAAGGAUAUGUGUUUGAAGCUGUUUAAAUUAAUCAAAUGAAAAUUGAAAAAUUAGUUGCUCUUAAAUUGAUUUUUAGAAAGAGUUAAAAUGAAAUUGAUACCAUCGAUAAAUUAAUGCAAAUAUAGACUCAUAAUAGAAUAAUAAAGUUUUUUGAUCACUUUGAAUAUGAAAAAUACUAUAUAAUUGUAAUGGAAUUAGGUACUUUAGAUCUCUAUAGAUACAUAUAGCAGUAAAACUUUUUACCUUCAGAAAAGAUCAAUCUUUGUAAAAAGGUAAUUCUGUUAGCAAUAUAAAGAUUAGUUAUUGUAUUUAAGAAUUUCAUUCUCUUGGUUUAAUACAUUGUGAUAUAAAACCUGAAAACUUUCAAUUAAUUGACAACUUAUUUAAGUUAUGUGAUAUGGGGUUUGUAAGAACUUUAAAUUAAGAUAUAAUUCAAAAUAUUGGUACUCCUGCUUUUUAGGCCAUAGAAAUGAUUUAAGAUAAAGUGAUAAUAAAUAAUAAAGUAGAUAUUUGGUCUUUAGGUUGUGUAUUUUAUGAAAUAUUUACAAAAUAAUAAUUGUUUGAUGGUAUUUAUAUGUUUUAGAAUUUGAAGGAGAGAAUAUUAAAGAUCAAAUAAUAAAUUAUGGAAUAGAUUAAACUAAGAUAUUAAAAAAAAUUGAGGAUAUAGGAAUUGAUAGUUCUGUAGUGUCUUUAAUGAAAUAAAUGAUACAUCCGUGUUAAAGUUUACGUCCAUCAAUAGAUUAAAUAAUUAUAGAACUCGAAUAAUUAAGUGAAUAAAAUAAAAUAAAAGAAAUGGAUCAAGUUGAUUGGAUGAAUUGAGAUUAGGGUAAUGUUUGUUGUAUUAUCAGUAUAUAAAUAUG